CUACAAGACUGAAGGGAGAGGCAUCAAUGUCACAUCGCGUCAAGCGCUAAGCCACUUCUAAAUCUGUCGGCUCAGUUGACACUAGCUCUGCUCUCUCUCUCUCUUGAAGUUAUAAAACGGCCCCGUGCUGGAAGCCUAUCACCAGUCGCCCUCCAUUCGCCAGAGUGACCACACUCACUGCUUGCCUCAAGUGUAAGGACAAAUGCCAGCGGACUGUGCCAGGAGGAUGAUCACCACUCUUCUUUGUAUCUGUAUGGCCCUCUCUCUGCUGAUUCACAUUGGGAGAUGCAGCCCAAUCAUGGCACCUGAUGACCCCCAUCCUGGAGUGGGCGAUGAUGGCCUUCCUUUAUUUAAUGAUCCCUUGAUGGAGCAAGACAGUGGCCUGGACUUUCAAAGCCUUAUAAGAAGCCAGUUCUUGAAGACUUUCAAUCUUUCUGACAUUCCUCAUCCUGAAGGGGGUAAGGUGGAUCCUCCUGAGUAUAUGCUGGAGCUCUAUAAUAAAUUUGCUAAUGACCGGACCUCAAUGCCAUCCGCCAACAUUGUGAGGAGCUUCAAAAAUGAGGAUAUGUCUUUGCACCGCAUGGAUGCUGAUAGAAUACGCAAACAUUCACUCCUCUUCAACUUAUCCAUUCCACAUCAUGAGAAGAUCACCAUGGCAGAGCUGCGUCUCUACACAUUGGUGGAGCGAGACCGCCGCAUGUAUGAGGGUGUGGACAGAAAAGUGACAAUUUACGAGGUGAUGGAUAACGGCAGUGAGGUUGACAUGGUGGCAGAAGAGAGGGGGGAGGAAAAAGGUGGGGGACAUCCCCAGCUGACAGAACUAGCCUCACGGCAGGUCUACAGUACAGACAGCGGUUGGGAGGCCUUUGAUCUGACCAACGCCGUACACCGAUGGCGCAAGUCUGAUUACACCACACACCGGCUAGAGGUACACAUCGAGAGCGUUGAUAUGCUGGAGGAAGAAUUCCGUAGAGGGAACUUGGACAUUGACAUCAAUCCAGAUGCCAAACAUGAUCCACUGCUGAUUGUUUUUUCAGAUGAUCAGAGCAAAGAUAAACGAGGAGAGAAAAAGGCUACGGACGACAUGGUGGAACAAGACAAGUUGCUAGAGUUUGGAGACAUCACUUUUGAUCUCAAUGACCUGGAUAAUGGCCAAAAUGAGGGACCAAAUGACAGCUCUUUGCUGCACAUGGGGUCUAACCUGAUAUAUGACUCUUCCUCCAGGAUACGGAGAAAUGCCAAAGGUAACUUCUGCAAGAAGAUUCCUCUUUAUGUAGACUUCAAGGACAUUGGCUGGGAUUCAUGGAUCAUUGCACCUCCAGGCUAUGAGGCAUAUGAGUGCAAAGGUAUCUGCAGCUACCCAUUUGCAGGACACAUCCCACACACAAAUCACGCUACAGUACAAACUUUGUUACACAUAAGCAAUCCGCUACGAGUUGCCAGAGCCUGUUGUGUUCCCACCAAACUGAAUCCAAUGUCGAUCCUAUACCUGGAUAAUGGUGGCAUUGUCACUUACAAAUAUAAGUACGACGAUAUGAUCGUGGCUGAGUGCGGCUGCAGAUAGGGACUGGAACACGGAGCGAGUUCACCUUUAGAUGAUGUGGAAAAUCUAUUUAAUUAUUCUGUCUGUAAAUGUGUACAUUUUGUACUUCAUAUUUAAAAAUAAGAUUAUUUAAAAAUUGUGUGUACAGUAUUAAUAUGACAUAAUUUGUGAAUAGGUUGUGCAUCAUUCAGUCUUUAAUGGUUCAUUGUUCAAGAUAUCAAAAAAGGGAGAGCCACAUUUAGUUACAUUGUCAAAUCAGCAUGCUAGCUGAAUUUUCUGGUUGAAAAUGGUCCACAUGGCAACUGUUGAAAAACCACGGAAAAAGCUUUGUUAUUCUUGAAAUUCUGCAAACUUAUGACCAGCUGUCUCAAAAAGACUGUGACAUAGCCUUAGAUGGGCAGAACGCGGCAGGAUUUGGACUCAGGAAUGGCAUCUAUGUAAUUCAAAGAGCUGAAUCGAAAAAUGGAAUGACACCCAAAGGUUUCUUCAGGCAACACAACUGUACCAACGUUUUGGGUAAUUCAAGGCAGGAACUGUGCACUUCAGAACUGCCAAGAAGAUAAGUCAAAUAGUUCACUAUAAAUUAGCCAGGAUUUCUGGUGAUUUUCUUUUUGUGAAUGGACUUAUUUUUCAGUUAAAUAAUUGCUUGGACAAUACAAAUGGUGCACCUAUGUAGUAUAUAUCAAGAAGCCAAGUGGUGUAACUAUGAAGUCUUGGUUUUGUGACGGCACUAACUGAACUCUAAAGUUAGCCCACUAAAAGAUAGCGACCUGUGCGUAAUAAGAAAAAGUAACAGCUCCGACAACAUUAUUUCAAGUACUACCCUGCUUCGAUAGCUCCAAGCUAGAUAGAUCUAAGCAGCAGCUCUUUUCUUCUACUUGCUGAAUUUCCAGGCUAGCCUAGCAAGCAGAAUAGAACACUGAAGUAGACGACAGCAAUGACUGCAGCUUCUUAGGAUUUUAAAUCCCGAGGUCCCACACUCAAAAUGCAAAUGGCAGAGUAUGCUAAAGGCAGAAAGGGCUGUCCCCUGUCCGCUUAUCUGUAUAGGCCAAAAUAAGGCGUCACUGCCCUUGACAAGCUGUUCUUGUGCAUCACAUGCCCCUGGCUAUGCCACACCAUCUCCAAAGUCCUGAGUGAUAACAAGGUGUUGGGGUUUAGAAACACUAGACCCGUCAAUCUAUUGUCGCCCAGCUGCCGAGCUGUCAAAUUCUUGGGUUUAAUGGUGCUGACGAGCUCCUGGGUCAGCUUCAUUAUACCUCGUUUCCACUUUUAUGGCAAAGAUCUCCCUUAUCAGAAGGGAAAGAGAUAAGCAAAGACGAUGUUUAAAGAGCUUGACCCCUUGGCUCACUCAUUCUAUAGACACUUAAUGGAUUUUUUCCAAGAUGCUUUCACGCACAUUCUUCCAGUCCUCUUCAUUGCUGGGAUAUUUAUUAAUUUAUUUUAUUGAUUUUCUUGCUGCUACAGCUUUUUCUACAUUAUGAUAGACAUUGUUUCCUUUCAAAUGAACACUACUGUUAAAAAAAAAAAAGAUGUAUAAAUAUGAACAUUUGAAUAAAACGUAGAAUGUGACAAUAAGAGCUAUGAAAGGUGGUACGUGAGACAGACACAUAGAUUAUAAGGUAUUUACCCUUCCAUCUAUUACCAUCCAUUAUCCAGUCAAGUUCAGGAAUUUAGGAGGCUGGAAUAAGACACCAUCCUGGCAGCACUAAGCACAAGGACCAGCACUGACUCAGUCCCAGUCCUUCUCAGGACACAUUCAUGUAUUAGUUCUGGAUAUAAAACAAAUCAGUGGAAAGGCCAAAUACAGUAUCUGAGUUUCUCAAAGGGGUUUUGUGAUACUAAGAGGUCCUGCUAGAGAACUAUUCCUGCUGCCUCAUAGGUUUGUAGGAUGUGACGUCUAACUGACUAUGUUAUGGUGUUUGAUUUUUCAGCUUUGAAAGUGAGUAGGAGUAACACAUUGGAAGAUGACGCUGAGAAAGGGCAUCAAGCCAACCUGGAGAGGGCAGCUGAGAGCUUGUGUAGCAAAGAGCUCAUAGUGUUUAGUCAGCUAAUAGCUGUUUUUGCUGAAGCCUUAUGGAUUCAAUUUAGAAUCAAUUUUGUUGGUUUGGUAAAAGCUUGUUAAUAUAUGGUUAGAUUUCAUCAGCUAUUCUUCUUCUUCUUGGUGGAGUGGUGGCUCUGAGGCUAGGGAUCUGCACUGGUAAUCGGAAGGUUGCCGGUUUGAAUCCCGUAAAUGCCAAUAGGGACUUUGCUCUGUUGGGCCCUAAAGCAAGGCCCUUAACCUGCAAAAGCGCUAUAUAAAUGCAAAGAAUUAUUAUUAUUAUUAUUUUUCAGCUGCAGGGAUUUUGCAGUAUCUAGAUCAUUUUUCCUUAAUUGGGGUUUUAACUACAGAAUGUCGUUAAACAUAAUUGUUUCUCUCUUUUCAGCACUCCCUACUUGUACAUUUCAUUCAUUCAAUAAAUAAAAAGAGGCAUGCAAGAAUGAAGGUAUUGUUAACAAUUAAAAUGAGAUGUGGACUGAGGGAAUGCUGACUUUUCUCUGUGCUGUUCAUAUUUAUUUAAUUUUCAGUGUGAUUGUACCUCCCACCAUACAAAGAGCCCAGGACAGUGGGAUGUACAGUAAUUAUAUUGACAGUCACACCAAUGCGCUCUAAUAUUUUUAGUCAGUUACAACCUAACUUCAUCCUUGAGUACUGUCAUUAGUAACUCUACCAUUAGCUGUUCUUAAUUAAUGGAGGCCCUGAACCCAGCUCUUCCAUAUCUUUACAUCAAUCCGAGAACAAACGUCUUCAGACCUUCACCUUUAUUUUCACAUUGUUAUCAGUGUAGCAGAUUUUACCGCCAUCCUUGUUUGUAAUCAUAAAGCUGUAGAUUUUGAUGUUUCCUGUCAGUUUUCUAUCAGCACAGGCUGAAGCUUCUGUUGGCUUGUAAUUCUUAAUCUGAUUACAUGGAAGGGCCUCAGUGGUUGGACUUAAUUUCUCUGCUUAAACUGAUGGCUACUGUAACCCUUCAGUUUACAAGCAGAGCUUUGUGAUAUGAUAAAAAGACGUGGCAUAUCAACUCCAGCAUAUUAAAGAAAUAAAGACAAUCUACUUAAAUAUUGCGUCCAGCCAUCCAUAACACUGAAACAGAAACUCCAACUGAAGUUUUCAGGUUACUGACUGGUAAUAAUUUUCUAAAUCCUCUAUAAAUUACACUAUAAUGCAAAACUAACUGAAGAAUUUUUAUUGAGACCUUCUCUCAGAUUUAUGUAUAAAUAUUUUCAAAUUUUGAUAUUAAGUCCCAAUUUAUUUUCUACGGUAUGAGCUAGUAAAUUAUUAUUCUCUGAAAUAUGAGGCCUGUAAUAAGCGAUCCAAUGCACUUAACAGAUUUUCCACAUGGCUUUAAGCUGCAUUGAAGAUGCCAUGUCUCACUGCCAGCAGUUACUAUGCCUUCCUAGGCUGCACAGAACUUAUGAAAGGGGUUUUAUUCAAAUGGGUUUUAUUUACUGAAUAAGCAUUUUUUCCUUUGACCCCAGAAACACUUUGCAUGAUAUAGCAUCACAGACAGCACUUGUGCACUGAAACAACUAAAUUCAAAUAGAAUUGUGUUAGAGCUGACAUUGUGCCACGGUCUCACUUCCAAAAAGUUUGUCUGCAGUUUUGUUUAUACACGUAUCACGGCGGCUGCUGUUUGUGUAAUACACCAUAUGGAUUGAAGUUUGUUUUAAAUGCUGUAAAUAAUGGUUUGUAAAAAUUACUGUAAUUUAGAAGAAUGUUCUAUAUUGUAUAUAAAAAUAAAUAUUCAAAAUAUGAAA